AUGAACGUGACGUUGACCAGCUUAGAAGCCUUAAUAUUAAAAGCAACACACGAAUCUCUACCGUGUCCGGAUGCGGCAGCGCUUGAGGCUUUUUGCACGGUUAUGCGGGACUCAAACGAAGGUCCUCAGUUAGCAGCACAGGCUCUGGCUGCCCGUAUCCACACGACGAAUACUCGCGAAGCUCUGCUGGCUCUCAUGAUGUUAGAUCGCUGUAUGCGCCGAUGUGACUCUAGUUUUCAUGGUGAAAUCGGCAAAUUCCGCUUUCUCAAUGAAAUGAUUAAAUUAGUUUCCCCCAAAUACUUCGCAGAUCGUACUUCACCUGAAGUAAGAACCAGGGUACUCCAACUACUUCAUGCAUGGUCUAUCGAAUACCCAAAGGAGUCAAAAUUUAAAGUGGCAUAUGAUAUGCUAAAGAACCAGGGUGUAGUAAAAGAAACUCCACCACCACUUCCCCCAGAAGAUCUGACAAUGCCUCGGAACAGAGUUAAAAGUGCUGUAUUUGAGGAUGAGGAAAAAUCUAAGCUUUUACAAAAAUUAUUACAAAGCAAAAAACCAGAAGAUCUCCAGCAUGCUAAUAGACUUAUUAAAACUAUGGUCAGAGAGGAAGAACGACGAAAUGAAGAAUGCAGUCGGAGAGCACAAGAAGUAAGCACCGCACUUGACAGUGCAGAACUAUUGCGUGAGUUAUUAGCAAAUGCAGCUGAUGCUUCACCAGAGGAGGAGCAACUCAUUUAUGAGUUACAUUUGUCAUGUAGUACAUUAAAGCAGGCAUUGCAGAGGCAGACUGCACCAGACAUCGCACAGACUGAGCCUGGCAUUGGAUUUUCCAGUGCUGUGGAUAGCAGUGACAUUUCACACGUUAACGAAGUUCUAGAUGAGGUAAUCGAGAGAUACAAUUCAUACUGUAAGCAUAAAAAAGAAAAGAAAGCCCAUAUGAAUGACACAAAGCCUAAAGAGCAUACACAAGGGACAAACAGUGAGAGUUUGCUGGACUUUGCUGGGGCCAACGUCAGUAGCGGCGGAGGCGAUGUUUCGAACAAUUCUAUGUACUCUACGAAGAAUAAUGCUAUUGAUGAACUUGGUGAUAUAUUCUCAACUGAAACUGCUUCUUCAAAUAUUGCAGAACCACUGAAACCUGUCAGUCUAAUACCUACGAACACAGAGGAUGUAGAUCUAUUAGGUGAUAAGACAAGUAAAAUUGAAGGUUGGAAUGAACUGGACUCUCUCGGUGAUCAACUUAUAAAGCAGUCAUUACCUGACAAUGUUAAGCGACUAGAAAGUUUUAAUGGAAAAGCAAUGAAAAAAAUACCAAUGAACGCACUAACUUCGCCGAAACACGAGUCUCCACCAAAUAAUGGCGCUUUGUUUGAUCUCGAUUUUUUUACUAAAAAACAUGAAGAAGACGUUAAACCGAUACUAGAACUUCCCAAAUCCCUCACACCUACUGAUGACGUCAUCGUUGACAUUAGUACUAAUCCGUCAACUUCUAAUACAAAUCUAAACACUAACAGUCCAUUGGAGAAUAUAUUGGAUCUAAGUGUACCUUUAAACGAUGCCAAAUGCGAACAAUUAGUAAAUAAGGAUAUUAAUUCUAAGGAGGAAAAGAGAGAGAAGACUAGUAAAAGUGAAGUGAGAGCGUUGACAGAUAUACAUGUAACUUUAGAUAGCGUCGAACCUAGCAAAUUGCCUCCAUUGACGGCGUAUGAGGAAGAAGAGGGGGUGACAGUCGUAUUGCACUUCUGUAAAGACAAACCUAGGCAGGAUGUUAAUGUGAUUGUGGUAUCCACUACAAGUAAAAGCACAACAGCCAUUGAGGAAUAUGAAUUUCGGUGUGUGGUUCCUAAGGGAUGCAAGGCACGUCUGCUGACGCCAUCAGAUACUAAGCUUCCUGCAUACAACCGCUUUCUACCGCCCCCGGCCAUCACGCAAGUGUUGUUAGUCGGACGACCGCCCUCCUGUCCUCAGGUAGACCUCAAAUUCGUCAUCACAUAUACAACACAGGACGAAGAGACCGUCUCGGAAAUAGGCGAAGUCAAGGAUCUGCCGCUUGAUUGUGUAUAG